AUGCAUCUCACACGCGACCAGAGCCAGCCAGCCACCGCUGGCCCCGCCACACCGGAUGCCCUGGCCGAUAUCCACGAUCAGGAAUUACUUGCGAAAAUGGGCUACAAGCAAGAACUCCGCCGGCGGUACUCGACCGUGCAGAUCUUUGCGAUCGCAUUCAGCAUCAUGGGCCUCGUCCCCUCGAUCGCAUCGACCAUUGCGUUUUCGCUACCUGCGGGGCCUGCGGGGAUGGUUUGGGGCUGGUUCACGGCGAGUAUACUCAUCUUCUUCGUCGGUCUCGCCAUGGCCGAUAUGGCUUCUGCCAUGCCGACGGCCGGCGGGCUGUACUGGUGGACGCACUACUUUGCCGGCGAGAGGUGGAAGAACCCGCUCAGCUUCUUGGUUGGAUAUAGCAAUACCCUCGGGCUGAUUGGGGGGAUAUGUUCUGUCGACUAUACUCUCUCGCUUUUGAUCCUCGCCUGCAUCUCCAUCGCCCGCGACGGCACCUGGAGCGCCUCGAACGGGACAAUCUACGGUCUCUACGCGGGCCUGAUCCUCAUCCACGCCCUCUGCACAAUCCUCCUCAGCAACAUCAUGCCGCGGAUUCAAACAUUCUGCAUAUACAUCAACGUCGCGCUGAUCCUCGCGACCGUAAUCGCCCUGCCCGCAGGCAAAGUCUCGCGCGGGGGCUCACUGAACUCAGCCUCGUAUGUGUUUACGCACGUCGAGAACCUCUCCAACUGGCCGACGGGGUGGACGUUUAUCCUCGCGUUCAUGUCGCCCAUCUGGUCCAUCGGCUUCUUUGAUUCGUGCGUGCACAUGAGCGAGGAGGCGGUUAAUGCGGCCAAGGCUGUGCCCAGGGGCAUAUUGUUUUCGGCGGGGAGUGCGUGUGUGCUGGGGUUUUUGGUGCUCAGUGUGAUUGCGGCCGUCAUGGAUCCUGUUGUUGGGAACACGGCGGGGACCGUCUUUGGGCAGCCUAUGGCACAGAUCUACUACGACGCCCUCGGCAAAUCCGGCGCGCUGGGCUUCAUGGCUGUCCUCAUAUUGAUCCAGUUCCUCAUCGGACUAAGCCUCAUCGUCGCCGCCUCGCGCCAAACCUGGGCCUUUGCCCGCGACUCCGCCCUCCCCUUCUCGCCCCUCCUGCGCCGCAUCUCACACAUCCCACGGCUGGGGAUCACCCACCAACCAAUUCUGUCAAUCGUCGCCCUCCUCCUCAUCUGCGAGGUCUUUGGCCUCCUCUGUCUAAUCAACAGUAUAGCCGCGAAUGCACUCUUCAGCCUCUUCGUCGCGAGCAAUUAUCUCGCGUGGGGGGUUCCGAUCCUCUGUCGGCUGACCUGGGGCAGAGGGAGGUUUGUCCCGGGGGAGUUUUACACGGGCGAUGCGUGGUCGAAACCGGUUGCGGGCGUUGCGGUCGCCUGGUUGGGGUUUGGGCUAGUGCUGAGUAUGUUUCCGGGGGUGAGGGGGCCGAGUCCCGACGAAAUGAACUACACCAUCGUCAUCAACGGGUUCGUCUGGAUCGCCUGCAUGGCGUACUACUAUCUGUAUGCGCACCGCUUCUUCACGGGGCCGCGGACGACGCUCGGCUCGGGAACCUCGUCGCCGGUGCCGGUGCCGGCGCCGCUGAGGGAUGAGGCUGCGAUGGCGAGUGCGACGAUACAGAGGGUUAACGGGGAGAAGGAUAGAUAG